UAAAUUUACAUAAUCUUACUUAAUAUACUUAAAUUUCCUAUAACCCCAUAAACGGUGGUUCACAUCAUUUUGACAGUGAUUGAAACAAUUUUUUUCAUCUUAACAGUUAUGCAGAAUGCGUUUUAGCGUCAGUGCAUAUUGGUUUUAGAGCAAAAACACUUAGUAGAUAUUAUAAAAUCGAAAGAUUACAAACUUUUCAGAGACAAUAAUAAACAUAAAAAAGUUAUACUUAUAUAAUUAAAGUAAAAUUAUGUGAUUUAAAAUGUUUAAUUUUAAGCUAAAUGUGCGGUUUAUCAAAGAAAAGAUGUGACAUUGCCUCCAUCUUGUCAUCUUUUGUUUUCAUUGUAAGAAUUUUUGCUCUAAAAUCAUCACAGAGCAAGUAAAACACAUUCUGCAUUAGCAUGUUUUAGCGCUAGUAAAUUGGAUGUUCAAUGUCCUCUAAACAGUUAUGAAUGAUGAUAUAAUUACCUAAUUCAGUUAAUUUGGUAUUCACAGUACAUAAUCAUUUCUUAACUAACAAUAAACAUUGUGACGGCAUGUUAUGGUGCAAACGCCAUUGACCAUAGUACAUGAAUCUUAGAUACGCUUGGUGAUGGAGCAUGAUGAUAUGUCUAAAUUUGUUUGUUCAAAAUGUGUUACCAUGUUAAAUGAAUGGGAUCAGUUUUAUGAGAUGUGUUUGAAGAACAAUAUGGAUUUAGCUAGUGGAGACGAAAAAAAUUACGACGGCGAUGAAUCUACAAAUAAUUUAGUUAUUGACAUGACCGAUGAAGAUGAAGAACAUAGCAAAUUGUAUAUAUCUAAAGAUAAAAAUAUAUUAGAAAACAUGGAGAGUACAAAAAAAGUAUAUCUUGGUGAACCAUCACCCGAAGACUAUGUAUUAAUGAAAGAAGAAACGUUUAGUCUUGAUCCACUGAAAAAUGGACCUACUGGUGUCUUGGGUGAUUAUCUUGUUGAGUACAAUAACUGUAAAAAGUUGCCAAAUGAAAUUAAUAGUGCAGAUAAAGAUAUUGUUGAUAAUUUACGCAUUAGAAGAGAGGCAUUGCCACCUAUGUGGGACGUCUUCGAAAAAAGCAUUGACAAAUUAAUGUCUGGAGAGCCAUGUCCAACUAUUGUGACACAUAGACGUUACAUUAUUAAUAAAGGUGCAUUUCCAUGUUCACUGUGUGGGGAAUGUUAUGAAUUUGAUCAAGGCAUUGGUCGUGACGAGGAAGAGCCUCAACCUCCACCGGAAAUAGAAUCCCAACAACGUUUAUUUAUAUGUCCAACGUGUGGUAAAUCUUUCCCUCGUCGCAGUUCAUGGAAAAGACAUCAAAUGACUCACGAAGAUGUAAAACCAUUUGUGUGUCGUAUUUGUACCAGUGGUUUUAAUCGCAAAGAACAUCUUAUGAGACAUAUGCUGUCUCACAGCACGGUGCGGCCAUUCCCUUGUGAAAAAUGUGGUAAGCGUUUUAUACGUAAAGAACAUUUAGCUAGACAUCUCAUGUGUAUACCUAGUUGUCAUAGUUCUACUGAUAUGCCUAGACCAUUUUGUUGUGAUAUUUGUAAACAAAGUUUUGUACGCAAAGAACAUUUGUUCAGACAUAGAAAACGAGCCCACGAACAUGCACUAUCAUUAGAUAACCCAUUAGAAGAAAAACCAUUUGCUUGCUUGCUUUGCGGUAAGUGUUUUACUCGCCAUGAACAUUUGCGUAAACAUUUGGAUAUUCAUAAUGGCAUUACCCCUUCAUCGUCAACAUCCAUACUUCCCGAAGUGACUCUUUCAGAAAUUAAUGUUGAAGAAGCCAAUAUUAAAAUGGAAAAUCCCUCGGAUUCUGAAGAUGAAUCUGAUUUUCUACCUCCAGUAAGUGUUCUUGAACUCAGUGAACAGCAUUCGGACCAAAUAAGGUCCAAACCUAGUACACUAUGCACUAUUUGUAAGAAAACCUUUUCACGCCGAAGCCAUCUGUUACGGCAUUUGAAGCGUAUUCAUAAAGUGGAACCUGUAUUGGCAAGAAGAAGGAUCAACAAGUCUGGUGACGAAAAUGCUAAUUCCAUCGAGGAAACCAAAUUUGAAUGUGGCACAUGUGGUAAGACUUUUUCUAGGCAGGCUCAUCUUGAAAGGCAUGAAAAGAAUUUACACGGUGAAGAGCGGACAGUGCAUGCUCCCUACGAGUGUGUAACUUGUGGACAAGCAUUUUUUGAUAGUAAUUUACUUAACCAGCACAUGGAAACACAUGGGAAUACAGUAACUGAUAAUUUUGUUUGGAUGUGAUAAUACGACUGUUUUUCUUUUAUAGUUUAUUUGGUGUUUUUUUUUAAGUUAAAUUGUAUUAUUAAAAUAUGCUUAAUAGCACUGUUAUUUAUGUGUUGUAUCACAUAUUACAAAUUUAUGAUUAUUAGAAAGAGUAUUUUAUGAUAUCUUGGGAAAUACUACAUGGUUUUUUUAUUACCACACACACACAUACACACACACACACAGACUGUUUUACAAUGUUAAUAAUUUAUUUACUUAUCUAUAAAUGUAUGCGCCAUUGAUGGACGAAUGAAUAGUCAUUUUGUAAGGCUGUUUUAAUGGUGAAAUAAGAUAUGUAUUGUUUACAAAACGGGUAUUGUGUUGAACAAUCAAGCAUGAAUCAUACUCAUUGGUGAAAUGAAUGUUUACCAUUUAAAAAUUAAAUUAAUUUGUUUACCUUCAAUUAAAAUUAUCUUAUUAUUAUUAUGUACAGGGUGUUUUUUUUGUCUUUAUUCAAAUACCCGUGUUUUGGUAUGCAUAUUUUAUUUCUAUUAAAAAAUUAUGUAGUACAGAUUUUAGAUGUUAUGAUGUACAUAUUUUUAUUGUUGAGAGUAAAAACAUAAAUAUGUAUUUCUUACAAGGAAGAAAACUAGGCAUAACUAACGGUGGUUUGUAUUUGAUUGUAUUGUUUGUAUAAGUUAAAAGGUCUUAUCUUAAACAAAUAGUAGUGUGCAGGAUAAUCUAUAUUAUAUAUUAUUUUACUCAAAUAAUUUUAAGUUGUAUUGGUUUUAAUUUUUGUUGUACCAAGUUGGAUUUUGUUAUUUAUUUAUUAUUGUUUUGAAGUCUAAUACAUUUUAUAUCUUGUUUACUAAUACAAAAUUUACUUAUUUAUGUGAAUAAAGCUAACGGGUUUAAAUUUUCAUGAACACAUAAUAUAUUAUAAUAGUUAUCAGGUUCUAUUUUAACUUGAUAUUAAUCAAAUCUUAUUAAUUAUCAGUUAUUAUAUAACCAGAAAAACUUUAGUAUCUUUUCAUAUAUAUUUAUUAGAGAUUACCAUUUAUAUAUUAUUUAAUUGAUUUGGUGAAAAUAGUUAUUGUAUGCGCUUUUCUAAGUUAUUAGUUUAUUAAACUGUUCUGUGGAGAUGGUGGGUUUUGGGUAUUCCUUUUUUUUUUUUAUAUAAAUAUAUAUAACAUGUUUGCUCAAUAUCUAUUUUACAAAAUAAAAUAUAUUUUUUGUUAUGUUUUCAAUAAUUUAGUGUGCAUACCAUAUAUAUAUAAUAUAUACUGUAUCCAUCUUUGUAUUAUCAUAUGAAAUAAACACCUUAUUUUUUAUUAACAUGUAAACUCUCAUUUUAUUUACAACUUCGUUUGGUACUCAUUCAAUGUUAAAUCUAAUUACCAUACAAUUUUUAUUUUAAAUUAUUAUAACUGUUAUACCUAAUUUUUUUAAAUUGUUUGUUAACAAAAUUAGAACCUUUUCAUUACUUCAUGUUUGCCCAUACGGUUUUUAAAUUUUAUUUAUUGUUUUAUGAUGUUCAAUUAUUUUAAUUGUUGAAAAAAGAUUGAUAAUUUCAAAAAACUUACAGAUUAAAGUUCAAUAUAUAUAAACACACACACACACAAUGUAUGCUAAUAAUUAGUUAUUUAUUUUUAUUGUUAUAUUUUUUUUUUAUAGUUUUCAAUGUUUUUAUUUA